AUGCUAGCAGCUGAUCGUUUUGUCCACAAUUCCACAAUUGAACGCCAACACUCCUUGAUCUUCUUUUUUUGUCACUUUGCAUGCCUGACGACGAAGUACAACUGUCCAUCGGUGCCAGCGGUUCUCUCCGUCUUGUUGGCCAAUGUGAAUGCCUUCUACGCUCAUACCACCUCUUCAAACAGUCAGACGGCAAGCGAACGUUUUAGUGCGAGCAAUUUUGGUCGUGAAAAGUUUAUAAAGAUUUUGGACAGUCUGUAUAUCGCAAUUCGCAUAGACCUCUCCAAAUACCGCACUGUUUUUCCAGCCUCAAAGCCAGAGCGACUGCUGGACCUGAAAUCCACUGUCGAUCUGCUGACAAGCAUCACAUUCUUUCGUCUUAAGGUGCAGGAACUCACAUCACCACCAAGGACGGGACAGAUUUUACGUGAAUGCAUUGCCGCGUGUAUUCAUGCCACGUAUCAGUGCUUAUGUGAGAACGUCCACGAACUCUAUGGAAAAAGUAUUCAGAGCAGUGGACUGAAGGAGACAAGAGGUGAAAGUGAAAAUUUGGCGGAAGCUUCUAAUAUUGGUAUAAAUGAACAGGCUUAUCAAGGAGAAAAUAUGGAAUCAGAAAUGAUGGAAGAUGAUCGAAAGCAUUACGCACCCGUCCUGAACCAGUUCCCACAUGAAAUUAAUCUCGGUGACAUGUCGGCAGAAAUGAUGUGGAACAAUCUUUCAGCCGACUUAUCUUCCGACCUGGAAAGGCAUGCAUUACUGGCUCGAAAGUUUAUGGAGUCCGGAAGUUUGGUUAACACGCCGCCCCCGAAAACCCGAUUCGGUCGGUUUGCUAACGGGCCCAAACGGCAUAUGGAUACAGUCAGCACCGGAGCGCAAAGAAUCAAGUCCUCCGAUUACAUGAACUUGUGUUUUCGUGUCAAGUGGUUUUACAAUUCAUAUAUAGCCAACCUACCACACUGUCAGGGACGAGUGCCGGAUUAUCCAAAAUGGUUCGAAAGCCUAGUGAUAUUGUGGCUCACUGAGAAUGAUGAUGUUUCUGCCAACUACCUGCGGAACGCCUACGAACGUGAUCAACAAGACGGAUUUCAGUGCUCAAGCGAGCAUGUUCUCUACUCCAACUCCGUUGUAGAUGUAUUCACACAAUUGAAUCAGUGCUUUGAUGUAAUUAGAAAGCUCGAAUGUCCAGACAGGGAGAUUGAAGGGCACUUUCUGCAUCGGUUUUCUUUAACGGUUGAGAAGGUGCUGUUGGCUUAUACAGAGAGAGUGGUGGCCGAUUUUCCCAGCCACAAAUCCGACGUCCGUGUGGCUUGUAUUCUUGUGAAUAACACGCAACAACUUCGAGUUCAGUUGGAGAAGGUGUACGAGGCCAUGGCUCGGGAAAGUCUGAAGGAGCGCACAAACGAUCGCCUGACAGCCCUCCAAGGUCGUUUAAACGAGGCAGUUGACAAGCUUGUGGGUCAGCUGACCGACGAAUUUGAGCCUGGUGUGAGGACACAUGUUCGGGAAUGUGGGCGGUUACUGCAAAAAGUGAGUCUUUUCUGGCAAAACUUGUGA